CUCCGUGGGUCUCCCCCCCACCCGCCCGCCCCCCACACCCGCCCGGCCGCGUCCCGCCGAGAGCCGCGAGGUUUUUCCUUUGAGGCGAAAUUUCGUCGCUGACAAAGAGUCAAUCUCCGAUGUGUGAAACUAGCGCGCGCAGUACGAGCUUAGCGGGAUCGAUAAGACGCGCGUCGCGGCGUGUGUAAGGAAAGGGGGGGCCGUUAACCGACGCGUCAAAAUUUUGUUUUGCGAAAUUCUCGAUUCAACCCUCAAUCGCCGCGGCCUACACCGAAGCACCGCAGCCUCGCUCCCAGGUCAACUCUCAAAAUCGCGCGAGCGAAUACAAGCGGCAGGGCUGCGAAGCGAUCACUCGACGAUCCCGGCUGUCGCCGAGGGCGUUUUUAAUCAAGGAAAGUCGUCGCGGCGUCGGCCGCCGUCUUCGUUCACCUGCGAGGUUCGGCCUAGUCCGGGCCGGGGCAGCCUCGGAUUCGCCUGGCGGCUCUGCCCGCUUGGGUGGUGCUCGGGCCGGCUGGGGAGGCGGAACCGACCGGAGGCGCCAUCGCUUCAAUCCCGUCGGUCUCCCUCGUACGGGCGGUGGACGUGCUGGAGUGGACGGUGACGCGGAUGGACGGGGGCGUGGGGGAGCUGGUCACCAUCAACGGCCACCACGCUGCCAUGGGAGGCACCGGCGACGACGACGAUGGGGACGGCGGCGCCCAAGCCCAGGGGCACGCGCUCGACCCCUACGGCACCCAGGGGAUGCUGGAGGGCGACGACUCCUCGCCGUCGUCGGGCGAUGACGACAACGCCUACGACGACUCGGACAUCCUCAACGCCACGGUGGCCGACGAGGUGACGGCCCACCUUGCCGCAGCCGGACCCGUGGGGAUGGCGGCGGCGGCCGCCGUGGCGACGGGGAAGAAGAGGAAGCGACCGCACAUCUUCGAAUCGAACCCCUCGAUCCGUAAACGACAACAGACGCGGCUACUCCGGAAGCUUCGGAGCGUGAUUGACGAGUACACGACGCGUGUGGGGCAGCAGGCCGUGGUCCUCUGCCUCUCGCCCUCAAAACCCAACCCCAUCUUCAAAGUCUUUGGAGCCGCGCCACUCGAGAACGUGGUGCGCAAGUACAAGAACGUGAUGCUGAGCGACCUGGAGCUGGCGCUGACGGAGCACGCGCCCACGCAGAGCGACCUCCACCCCGAGCUGCCGCCCCUCACUAUCGACGGCAUCCCCGUGUCCGUCGACAAGAUGACGCAGGCCCAGCUGCGGGCCUUCAUCCCCGAGAUGCUGAAGUUCUCGACGAGCCGCGGGAAGCCGGGCUGGGGCAAGGAGACGUGCAGGCCCAUGUGGUGGCCGCCCGAGGUGCCGUGGGCCAACGUGCGGUCGGACGUGCGCUCGGAGGACCAGAAGCAGAGGGUGUCGUGGACGCACGCCCUGCGCACCGUGGUGAAGAACUGCUACAAGCACCACGGGCGCGAGGACCUGCUCUACGCCUUCGACGAGUCGGCGCUGGCCACGCUGACAACGCCGCACGGCGCCGGGGCCGCCUCGCACACGCUCACCGCGCAGCUCGUGCACCCGCAGGCCAUGGUGCAGGCCAUCAGCCCCGACGGCGUCGUCUCGCUCAUCCAGGUGGACGCUGGCACGGCUGCUGCCCUGGCGGAGAGUGGGGAGCUGCCCCAGACGGUGACGGUCACCCAGGUCUCCUACCCUCCCAACUGCUCCGACGGGGAGGUGGGGCGCGACUGGACGACGCUUCACAACGCCGAGAUGACGCUUCACGCCUCGCAGGACGCGUCGCAUGCCGUGGCCACCCUCGCCGAGGUGGCGGCCGCCUCGCAGCGCGGCGACGGCGGCCGCCACCCCACCACCGUAACCAUGGCAAUUAACAGUGACGGCGUGGUGCACGCCGUCACGACGCUCUCGGAGGCGUCGCUGCAGGACGGGCAGCUCGUGCUGUCGGGAGACGGGACCACGCUCACCACCGUGCACCACCACAACGGCAUCCCGAUCCCCGUGAGCGUGUACCCGACGAUGUUGGGCGGCCACGCCGUCACCGUGACGCCCGUCUCCACGGCGCACGGCGACGUCGCCAUGGAAACCUUCACCGUGACGCCCGUCACCUCGGUGCUGUCGUCCAGCGGCGAGUCUAUCACCAUGGAAACCAGCUCAUCGACCAAGAUCUCCAUGGUUACGCCCAGCAUGGAGAUCGUGAGUCUGAGGCCGACUUAGCUCUACGUGGAGACGCGUGGGAUUCGUCCAAGCGAAAUGGGAAAGGAAACCGUGAAGGUGAAAGGGAAAUGGAAUUUUGAAUCGAAUGGACUCAGUCGCUCGACUUCCCGGCACAAGAGACUCUACCAGAUCAUGUGUGUGCGUACGUGUAUGUGUGUGUGCACGCAGCCUCAGUCUGUUCAUCCGCACAAAGCCAAGAAGUUUUUCCUCGCCGCCACGCUUCCAAAUUUGACAACAAAAAAAAGUCUACAAAAAUAAAAAGCUGAGACUUCCGAGUGAAUUGCGCGCGGCACGAAAAACAUUUUGUCCGGAGAGAUUUUCCGCCCAAAGCAAACGGUGAACAUGAGUUUUGCGAAAUGGAACAUGGACUCCGAACGGACGUUGAUUUUGGCAUUCAUAUGUUUGUUUAUUUCCGCGCAAUAUGCAAGGGGGGGCGGUGAAGCAGAGCACGGCGGAGAGCCGAUCAUCCAGCGGCCGCCACACGCUCCGACUCUGGACUCAGAACUCAUCAUAAUUAAUUAUUACGUUAGGGUGGGGGGUGGGGGAUGCUCCCCCCCCCCCCCACCGCACACGUGACCCCCCCCACCUCCAUAUUUAAUGAAGUUCCAGAGCAAAAAAAUCUGGGGGCGAGGAGGCAGGGACUUUCUCUCCUGCACCUGCGGUGUAACCCAUAAGGUCCAGCGAGAUCGCAUUGGACAUUGCCGAUUUGACGAUCUCGCUUGGCGCCUCCGAGCGUUUGACACAAACGUACGCGGGCGGGGAGAUGGGCUCCCCUCAGACCCCCGCGACACACGCAACCCAGGACCCCCCCCCCUCCACGCAAGUAGGACCGCUUGCGUGGGGGGGGAGGGUGGUAGGCGGGCGGCGGGGGAUGGAGUGACGUGGGCGGCCACGCUCGCCCUGGCGCCCGUCCGUAGCCCGCGGCCGGCGCCGCGUGUCGCUGUAAAUGUUUUGCUCGAUCGAUGCGUUGUGUACAGUCCCUUCUCCCCGUUAUUCGGUCUCUCUCUCUCUCUCUGUGUAACAUAGUCCGGUGACGUACGUCUUUUGUAGGUUUAUUUUAUUAUUGUUGUUAAUAUUGAUGAUGAUAAUAAGAAUUUUGUUAUUGUUUACUUUGCGUUUUUCGUGUCAUUUUUAAACUAGCAAUUCACGUGAAUUAUACAUGUUUAUAAAAAAAAAACCUGUCCCCCUGUCUUUUGCAAACCAUUGUAUGCCCAACAUAAAAUAGAAGCGUUUUUUUUUCUUUUACAUCGUUGAGGCGUCAGCUCACCGCACCUGUCAGCUCUGCCUUUUCCGUCGUCGCCACCACCAUCGUCAUCAUCCACGUGCUAUCCACUGCUGGGUGAAGGCCCGCCUCCGUCACCAUUCCUCACGCGCUUGCGAUGCUGUGAUCCAUCUCCUGCGUGCGAGCCGAUCUCGUGGCUCCCAUCUCCGCCCUGGUCGGUCUCUCGGGCCGUGGCAACACCCCUUCUUGGGUUGCCGUUCCGUCGCCAGCCUUGUCCGCCGACCGCCGCACCCUUACUCGUAAUGCGCUCCAUUGCGGCCCACUUUGCUUCGUAACGGCGCAAGCCAAUUCUCCUCCUACCCAUAUCUGUCCCUUCGCGUAAAAAAAAUAUUAAGUAUUUAUGACGUGUCGCAUUGGCCGCACGGCCUUCUGGGAGUGCGUGAAUUUGAGCAGCGUUGGUUGAGUUGAACUAGGACCUUGCCGAUAAAACAUCUGGCGGAUCACCAGCAUUGGUUCAAGCCAAGCCUGACUGCUGCUGAGACCCUCCCGACGACAACGGUUUUGCUCGUGUUGAACCGCUGCUGCCGAAAUUAUGGACUCCCAGAAGGCUGUGUUGGCUGAUGGGGAUGUGUAAUAACAAACAAACGUGGAGCGACAGGUAUGGAAAUGAGAAUUGGAGGCUUAUUUAUUUUGUUAUUUAUAUUCUCCACAACUUAACGCUAAUUAUUAUUUUGCACUUUCCUUCACAUUCGCUAUGAUGUCUCUCAUUUGCAUUCUCCAAAUUUUUGAAACCCCCUCCCCUUUCAUCCCUGCUACUUUUACCGACCGUUACAUUAAAGUUCCCCGGUACGA